AUGCCUCUCCGCGUCUUAGUAGUUGGAGCCGGAUUAGCCGGGCUAGCGGCAGCACUAUCUACCAAACUCGCGAAUCCAUCGCACGAAGUUACGAUUUUAGAAACGGUAUCGGAAUUAGCGGAAGUAGGAGCAGGACUACAAAUUACACCCAAUGCCUCGCGACUUUUCAAGAUUUGGGGUAUUUACAAUGACCUCGCUGCGAAAGCUACUUUCCCGAAAACCCUCUCGGUAUGGCGAUACGAUGGCACGAAACGCUUAGCGCAUUCUCCAGAUUUCCAAGAGAAGAUCGAUGAGAGAUACGGAGCUCCUUUUUGGGGAAUGCAUCGAGUAGAUUUACAACGCGCAUUAAGCGCUAAAUGUGACGAGCUAGGCGUUACCAUUCGCUUAUCGUCGAGAGUCCAGAGCGUCGAUUUCGAAAAUACAAUCAUAAUACUCGAGGGAGGAAAAUUGGUAGAAGGAGAUGUCAUACUUUGCACAGAUGGAAUAUAUUCGGCUACCAGAUCUCAAUUUUUAGGUCACUCGUGUCCGGCAUCUCCAACCGGAGAUCUCGCAUAUAGAAUUGUCAUUGAUAAAACUACACUAAGCGGCCCAGAUGCCGAGAAACUCACUGCGUUUAUUGAUUCCCACUCGGUCAACUUUUGGGCAGGUCCAAAUACACAUGUAGUAUCCUACACGAUGCGCGGUGGCGAUCUAUUCAACAUCGUGCUACUCUGCCCUGACAAUCUCCCACCGGGCCUUUCGCGCUCCACAGGAGAUAUCGAGGAAAUGAAAGGAUUAUUCGAAGGCUGGGAUCCCAUUCUCCGCGCGUUCCUCGCACAAGUCAAGGAAGUUGAAGUUGCCAAGUGGAGAUUAAAGCAUCUAGAAACGCUCUCGCGCUGGACUAGCAAACGGGGUAAUUUCUGGAUGGCCGGUGAUGCAUGUCACCCCAUGCUUCCCUAUCUAGCCCAAGGUGCCAAUUCGAGUUUAGAAGAUGGAGCUGUGAUGGGCUUUUUAUUGGGGAAGGUGGGGAAGGUAAAUGGAGAUACUGGUGCGAAAGAGGAACAGCUGGGGAAAGCAGCAAAGAUGUAUGAGGGAUUGAGGAAAGGGAGGGGAGAACGUAUUGCGAGGGAGACGUGGGGGCAGAGGGAAAGCUUUCAUUUGGUGGAGGGAGAGGCGCAGGUUAGGAGGGAUGAGAUUUUGGAGGCGGGGCCGAGGGAGGGAGGGGGGUUUCCGAGUCGCUGGCAGGAUUUUGGAGGCGUGCAGGGUUGGUUGUAUGGGUAUGAUGCGUAUGGAGAGGCGGAGAGGGGGUUUGAGAUGGCGCCUUUUUAG